UAGUAACGAAACGGAGGGCAUUUGAAAAUGGAAAUGACAUCUAACGAUGAUUUAAAGAAUUAUUUGAGAACAGCCCUAAAUGAUGAUGGAUUUUUAGGUGAAAUUAAAGCUGAUAUAUUGAAGAAGAUUUUUAAAAAAAUAAGGAAUCAAUCACCUGAAUUGAAAACAUCUCCUGCUUCAGAUAUACAUUCAAAUAUCAAAUUACUAAUUAAUGAAUUAAUAAUUGAAUAUUUAAACUUUGAAAAUUUAUCAUUUACAGAAUCUGUUUUUCGUCAGGAGUCCGGUCAUGGUAAUUUACAUAAUUUACCUAGACAAUUUCUAUGUCAAACACUACAAAUUAAACCAACUGUAAAUAUUAAAUCGUUAAUUCCUAAAAAUCAUCAUCAUAAUAAUAAUAAUGGCGAAAACCCAUUAAAUAAUCAAAAAUCUUCUACAGAAUUAAUUGAACAACCAAUCCCUUUAUUAUUCUAUAUUGUACAUUAUCUUAUGGUAAAUGGUUUAGAUAGAGUACAUAACCAUGAGUUAUGUAAUAAAGAUUUUUCAAGUCAAGAGCAAAAAUCAAUCACUAAUGGUCGGUCUAUAAAUAAUCGAAAUAAUGAAGAUGAUUACAAUCACACUUCUCUUCAAACUACACAAAAGCAUUCUCAUCCAGAACAUAUUUUAAUUCAUGAACCAACUGAUAAUACAAAUUGGAUUAAUUCUGAAUCUGAUUUGUAUUAAUCUUUUAUACAAUCGGAAUAAACUUCUAAUACUGUAUAUAUUUACUUGUUUCUUUAAUACUAUUGUUGUCAUUUAUUUAAUAUCUUACUAUCCUGUUAACAGAGCUGUCUACUCUCUC